AUGUACGACAUCGGGCGCCGCACUUAUCCUCCGCCGCCCUGUGUCUGGCGUCCGCCUCCUGUCCUGAGAGAGAAGGAAGCCGAGAAGGCGAGUCUCAGCCGAGAUCACGGCGUCGACAGGGCGCGUGAGGCCGCUGCAGCAGACAAGAUGCCGCGCAGGAACCCGCGAGGGACACGGGCCGAAGGAGACAGCGAGCCGUUCUACGAGCUGUCGCCUGCAGACCUCCACGCGCUCUGCCGCGAGCGGCCGAGUCUCCGCAGCUUGCCGCGCCUCACCGCAGACUACGAUUUAGAAGAAGUCGCUUCGCGCGUGACCGCCAUCCAGUUCCCCUGCGACUUUCUUUGGGCUUCGCUGAUUUCUCCGUCUUUCUACGCGCGGCUGCUGCACGCGGCGUUCCUCCCGAUUGGUCAUCGCGUGAAGCUGAGGCGAGGCGAACGCGCGACGCACCCCGCGAAGAGAGGGAAGACAGCGGACCGUGGCGAGAAUGGAGACGAGACGACAGAGCUUCGAGACGCCAGUAAACGGGAAAGCGAACGCGCGGACACGCAGGAAGAAGGACAAGGAAGCUGCGAUCGCCGCGCCGGCGAGCCGCCCGCGGAACCGACGACAGGGGGAGACCGAGGGCAAACCGCCGCGCCGCCUGGCCAAGAAGCGAAAGCUGCACACGCGAAAGGAGCAAAGACAGAAGAAACAGGAGAGGAGGCAUCGGACCUCGAGACGGAGAAGGCGAGUGACGACGCGAGCGACGAAGACGGACGAGAUGUAGAGAUGAGCGAAAGUGAAGAUGGCGACAGAUCUGAAGAAGAAGACACUAAACACCAUGGGACAGACGGACCAGGAACUGCCACCUCUCCGUCAGACGCGACGUGCGCCCGACGUGUGCUGUACCUCCUUCUGCCGAAGCUUCACCAGGAGCGCUGCUGUCUGCGCCUCGAUCGCAUGACACUGCAUAUAAGCCGAAACACCAGGAAGAGAGCCAAGCGGUUCUUCUUCUCCAUCGACCGCGACAUCGACGGCGUGCUUCAGGGCUGUGUGCGGCAGCAUGGCGAAGGCUGGUUGUACCCUCCAGUCCGCGCGGCCCUGAAGGCGUUGCAUGCGCAGCAGCUAAGAAGAGGUGCAGGCGAGGCGUGCGGUUCUUCAGAAGGAGAGGCGCGGAAGACACGAGGCCCCGAGAGCGCAAGGGGGGGGCUGCGGGUGCCAGGCAGGGAAGAUGAUGAAGUUUUCUUGCACUCGAUUGAAGUUUGGACGAGAGAGGACGACAGCCACGGCAAUGGGGGGAAGCCCGACAGGCACUCCAAGAGCAAUGAAGCAGGUCGCCAUGUGUCAAGGACUGCGACGGGCAGCGCGCCGCGGACUGAGGGUUCGGCGUCUUCUUCCGAUUCCUCUUCGUCGUCCUCUUCCUCUUGCCCCUCGGCAUCGUCGGCCGGUCUCUCUUCGAGCUCCACAGGUCACGUUCUUCGUCCUCAGUGUCCUGCUUCAGCUUCUUCUGCUUCGUGUCCCCCCACGUCUUCCGGGCGACGAUGGCGUCUCUGUGGAGGAGAGAUCGGCGUGCGCGUCGGCGCGGUCUACACGUCGCUGACCGGCUUCAGCUCUGUCAGCGAGGCGGGAAACGUGCAGCUUGCCGCGCUCGGAGUCCUCCUCAAGCUCGCCGGUGUGCGCCUGUGGGACAUGGGCAUGGAGCUCGACUACAAGCUCUCCCUCGGCGCUCAAACUCUCUCUCGCGCGGACUUUCUUGGGCUCUUUCGCGAAGCUCGCGCGCUGCCUGCGUCUCCGCUGACGACGCAGGCGGCGCAUCGCCUUCUCCGACAGGCUGCGGCAGACGGCGACGGCGGCAGAGAGGCCUGCGGUGGCAGUGAGGCCGCUGAGCUCCCUGGGGAGGCAGGAGGGGGAACAGGGAUGAAAAAGCAGGCAGGGCAAGCGCGGAGGGGUUUCGCGAGCUCCGGUGGUGGAGGCAGUCACGAGGCGGCGCCUUCUCGCGCGGCCGACGCGGACUGCGCUCGCUCCGAGGCAAGUUUGGCCUCGCCUUCAGCCGCCGCUGCGUCGUCCUUAGCCUCUCCAUCGUCCUCCCGUUCCGCGGCGCCACGCAAGGGGGGCCUUGCCCGUGACGAAGCGAGGAGACUCGAGGAGAGAGGCGGAGGGCAAGCUGCAGAAGAGUGGCUCAACUGUGACUGGUUCAUCGACGUUUAUCGGGUGGAGCAAGAGAGGCGAGAGCGCGUGCAAGGAGAACCUGACGGAGCUCUCACAUCGACUUCCAGAAAACAGCGCAAGCAGGAACGAGGUGCCACGAGAAAAGAAGCGACCUCAAUGCACUUGCCGUCCGCGUCACAGUUGUGA